CUUGCAUAUUAGGCCCACUUUUCACCCAUCCGACUCUCCCAUACCGAGCGCACUACGUUGGCGCAACCUCACCGCGGUGCAGUCCGGCACGCUAUCUCGCAGCUAUCCAAGCGCUCCUCGGACGUACGAACUCGCCGAGGUUCAAACUUUCCUCCCUGGUGACGAGUCAACCGAUAUGCGGGCCACUGAUAUUAUCCUCCUGGUGGUCAAUACUAUGGGAUGAACGAAGGGUCUUGGUGCUGAAUUGAACGCCAAGAUCGAGGAACUUGCUGAGCCUACUCAUGUCUUCGAGAUCAUCGGUCCUGAAGAGAAAGGAUGGCCAACCACUUUGCCAACCUAUGAUGCUUUUUACAACCAAUCUGCCCCAAGCAAGGCGUUCCAAUACACCCUUGCAGCAAUAUCGCCAAAGCUUAACGAGUACAGAUUUUAACGCCGUCGACCAGCGCAACUUAAGCAUCUUAUCUUACUUCCACGCUAUAUACCCAUCUAAUACACCGCCCCCAUCAACUCCAUUUCGUCAAACAACAGCGACUAAAUGGGACACCUCUCACCCUCUUUGUGCCUGGUAUCCGUAUGAAGUAUACUGGAGCCAGGCAUUCGACCAGGUCAUCCUGAUCGGCGCAGGAUACGAGGACGUGAUCCCCUCGGAGAUCUCCAACGUCUUGAACCGCACGAUUGUUGGUCUUGUCGAAUGCGAGCCAGGGACCGAAGACCCAGUAUAUCCCAACCCCUCCGACGCCGAGAAUUGCCCUACACCCAAGCCACACAUCCGCCCGUACCCUCAAACACCACUUGCCAUGGUCUUGCUCUCAUUCGCGCUAUCUCGCCUACUUCAUCGUACACGCACAUCCUCACCCCGGUUCCACCCGCUAUUCUUGCGCGUUGUCGGAUGAUCGUCAAGGGCGAGUUGGAUCUGCCUAUCUGGGGAAUGCUCGAUUUUACAGACGCGAAUGAAGGGGUUGCAGGUGCAAAGAAGGGUCGGGCGCCAUAUUCGCGAUGGCAAGAGUGAAGGCUUAGGUGGGGAGCGGAGAAGAGUAGGAGGAACCACAUGCGGAAAGCUCAGAUGUGAUAGGUCAACAAACGAAAUGUACACUACGUCUAUGAUACACCAUAAUUCACAAUCGUGACAAGCC